AGCUUUUUUCUGCUGCUCCAGAGAUUAGAGCACGCAACAAUCGAUGCAAGCUCCGGGAAAAGAAGGAUCUCACCUCAACAUUAGGGGACCUUCCUGAGAGGUGUUGCAGCAGAGCAUCUUAGGGACAUAUUUUCCCUGAGACGGAUGUGGGAGGAAUAUCUGUUUGUGUCUUCAUUGCUUUAAAAAAAGAAAAUAGAUGGAUGAACCAGUCUCAACUGGCCCUGGAGGAGGAAGAGGUCUUGAUGGCCUCAUUGCUAAGAGCAGUAGAGAAUUCUGGGAGAUGACAGUCCAGAGUUCCCUGGGAGAUGACCUUGCCAGCUCAGAGAUACAGCGCCAACACUUCAGGCAAUUCUCCUACAAGGAGGGCGAGGGACCCCGAGAAGUUUGCAGCCGACUCCACCAUUUCUGCUGUCAGUGGCUGAAGCCAGAUCAACGCACAAAAAAUGAGAUCCUGGACCUGGUGAUCUUGGAACAGUUCCUGACCAUCUUGCCCCCAGAGAUAGAGAAGUGGGUCAGGGAAUGUGGGGCAGAGACUUGUUCCCAGGCGGUGGCCCUGGCAGAGGGUUUCCUCCUGAGUCAGGCAGAGGCAGAGAAGAAGCAGAAAGAGCAGCAGGUCAAGAAUCUCUUGGUAGAAGUUAAGUCUGAAUUCCCUGUGGAUGAGAAAGCUCCAUUGGAUCCCAGACAGAGUCCCCAGUGGAGGGUGAUCAAGGAGGAGUGCGAUGGAGGAGCCUCAUUGCAAGAGGCUGGAAUGACGCCACCAAUAAGGACUCAGUCACCUCUUCCUCUUUGCGCAGGACCAGAAUCAGACCAGGGAGAAACAGAGGAAGAAGUACCCCUACGAAGGAAGCAAGGGAGGGGCAUUGCUUGGGAACAUGCAGAGAUUUUGGAUCUUCUUUCGAUUUGGGGGGAAGCAAGGUUCCAAACAAGGUUGUCGGAGAGCCACCGCAAUCUACAUGUGUUCAAAGAUGUGGCAUCAGAGAUGGCGGUGCGAGGCUAUUCACGGACGAGUGAGGAAUGUCGUACAAAGACGAAAAAUUUGAGGGCAGAAUAUAGACGUGUCGUUAACUACAACAAACGUAGUGGCAAACCACCACUGACCUGUCCGUACUUUAAAGAGCUGGACAACAUUCUCCAUGGAGAUGCAAGUGUUGUUCCAAACAGGCUUUCCAGAAGUUUUGAUUUUGGAAGAGAGGGGCAGGAAGCAGCAUCUAGUGGUGCUACCCAGGCCAGUGACGCCGCAACGUCGGAGGUUGAUGAAGAGGGACCCCGAGGGAGUAAUCUCAAUAUCAGCCAAUUUCUAGAAGAUGCCCAUAACCGAAACAAGACUGAUGCUGACGGUGAAACAAUCAUUGACUUUCCUAGGACAGUAAUUGAGGCUGGAGUGAACACAGAAAUUGAGUCUGGAAUAAUGUCACCCACAAGGACUCAGUCGCCUCUCCCUCUUUGCGGAGGACUAGAAGCAGACCAGGAGGAAGAAGUACCCCAACGAAGGAAGCAAGGGAGGGGCAUUGCUUGGGGAAAUUCAGAGAUUUUGGAUCUUCUUUCGAUUUGGGGGGAAGCAAGGUUCCAAACAAGGUUGUCAGAGAGCCACCGCAAUCUACAUGUGUUCAAGGAUGUGGCGUCAGAGAUGGCAAAGCGAGGCCAUUCACGGACCAGCGAAGAAUGUCGUACAAAGACGAAAAAUAUGAGAGCAGAAUAUAGACGUGUCAUUAACUACAACAAGCUUAGUGGCAAAGCACCAGUGACCUGUCCAUACUUUAAAGAGCUGGACAACAUUCUCCAUGGAGAUGCAAGUGUUGUUCCAAACAGGCUUUCCAGAAGUUUUGAUUUUGGAAGAGAGGGGCAGGAAGCAGCAUCUAGUGGCGCUACCCAGGCCAGUGACGCCGCAACGUCGGAGGUUGAUGAAGAGGGACCCCGAGGGAGUAAUCUCAAUAUCAGCCAAUUUCUAGGAGAUGCCCAGAACCGAAACGAGACUGAUGCCGAUGAUGAAACAAUCAUUGACCUUCCUAUGACAGUAACUGAGGCUGGAGCAGACACAGAGAUUGGUUAGUGGUUUUUGGUUUUUUUUGUUCAAUUAGUAAUAUGUGUAAAAAGGUAAAUGUGAAAAUAGGAUACAUAGCUGUAACGGAUGUAAACUGUAUUCUGUAAAUGCCUGCAAUGUUAGGUUCUCCAACCUUCUCCUGACCUGAGAAAUCAUCAAGUAGAUGCUCUGAAUGUAGAGAAAAAAAAUUCUUCAAGGAAAUAAGUUGAUUCAUUCAGAAAUGUGCAUUUGUACAAGCAAUGGGAAUAAUAACUUCAGUUUUGUUCAGCAGCACAUGCAAAUCAUGUGUUUCUAUAUAAUUGCUUGUUUGAAAUUGAAGGAAAUUGUACUAAGUCUCCCAGCAUAUCAGACAAAAUGGUAGGUGUAACUACAACUAAGAACUGUAAACAUGUGCAUUAUCACAUCCUACAAAUAAAGUGCAUGUUUAUUUUGUUUAUGUUCACCAUUUAAGACUAUGUAGAAAUUGAUAAUCAUACUGUAGAAUAGGAUUAAGUUUCUAAAAAGGAGAAUAGUAUUUCAUAGCCAGUCCUUAUCCUGGCCCAUAGUUUUUGAAAUCGUUUUGUGUUCACGUAAUAGAUUUUUCCUAAUUGAGCCACCAUGAGAAGGGGGACCAAAAGGAACAUCUUUCAUGUCAGCAAACAUUACACAGAUUAGAAAUGGCCACAGAAACCAUCAUAUACAGCACACCCGCUCCUUACGCAGGUGUGCCAUAGGCGGUUUCUGGUUUACGCGGAAGCAGUGCUGUAAUCGUUUGAAUGGUGUGUGUGGCUGCCGCACACGCAACAUACCCCAUUCAGUAUAAUGGAGCUCAAGCAUAGGCGGAAUUCGCCUUAUGCAGGGGAGUCCGGAACAGGUCCCCCUUGUGAUACAUCCAUUUUCACAGGGUGGGAGAGGCAUGAUUUCAAAUCCUCUCCUUGAAGUCCCCCCUCCUUUUUUUUUUUUUUUACAAUACCCAUCCCUACAGUUAUAUAGUAAUGGCACAGCCCUGCUGUGAAAACACAGGCAAGAUUUAGAAUUAGGUUUUCUUUCCAUGUUUUGAUGCAUAUGUCCUGAAAUGACAGCUAUUACUGCUGGUACACUCUUUUCUUUUAUGAUCAAUUGCAAUGUGAAGUGGAAGAUAGUACUGUAGCAUAGUGUUAUGAGUAUGUGCCAUGUACGUACUAGCAUGUCCUACAUAUAUAAGUAUUAAAACGAUAUAUCCUAGCACUGUAUGGUACUGUGCAGCAAAGUGUGGCUCCCUGUGAAACCAUUAGACGUUAACAAUUUUUUUUACAAAAGUGGAUGAAAAUUGUUUUUGCAUUGUGCUUCACUAAAGGCAAUGUUGAACAGAAAUGCAAUAGUUGGAAAAAGUAUUUUGAAAAAGUAUUUCACACCUAUUCAUCUAAAUGAGUCUUUGGUUUUGUUUUUUGACCUAUUUAUGGAUUGGACAGUAACAAUUAUUGACAUGCAUAUCACUGAGGCCAGGGGAACCAAUACCUGCAAAGGUGCUCGUAUACAGUACAACUUCAAUCUACAUGAGGUAUUUUAAAUCUGAAGUAUCAAUUAUUGCACCAAGUUAAAAUAAUUUCAUCUGUGAGAGGAUUCCAAGGAAGCCCACUUCACAGACCUCUUCUAUCAAGCCAAGGAAGAAACAUACUAGAAUAACAUCCUGUGGUCCAGAAAAUGCAAGCAGGCAGCAGCUUUGCCUGUUUUCUGUAACUAGCUGCUCAUUACUGAACAUUAGCAAUGAUGCAGAUAGUCCAUUUUGUGAUUUUGGAAUGCACUGCAGGAAACAAAAGGAAACCCCAUUCAUAGGUGGGAAAACUGCAGAACUGCCGUCCAUCACUUUUAAAGAUGUGACAAAUUGAUGUAUCCUCCACUAUCAAA